AACAGACCGACCUGAUAUCGCCCAUAAUUCGAUGUCCAUGGAUGAGUGGGGAGCGAUGUCGACACAUGCCUCGGCGUUCCAGUAUCAAACCUAACAUCAUUAGUUUGUGCAUAUGUUAAUACUACUUUAUUUGGUACAGUACUGCGGUGUAUUACGUCUGGCAAAUGAAACAGUUGAUGAAACCAAACGAAGAAACCGGAAUUAAACGGGGAAGGAUCUAGACCAAAUUGUCCAACAUAAACUCUCGUUUUAGUUGAAAAACGUUUUCCGUUUGGAGUAAACGGAAUCGGCGUAAUGAAUACACCCUUUGGGGCUGUAGUAAAACGUUUCUUAAGCGGAAGCAAACAGAGCGAAACGGGAAGGACUUACCUGAAUUUAUACAAUAGAAAGUUUGGUUUUGCAACUGUUUGGGCUCAUGAUGUCACCACAGGUUGCGGUCUGUUGCUCAUGCGCACUGACUCAACUACGAAAUAUGGCGGCUGACGACUGCUAGAGAAAAGUGUUGGGAUCUGAUCAAUUUCGUUAAAAAGCUGCCCUGGUCAGUACUACAGGGCCAUAGUUGCACACUGGGUGGACCACCUGCCUGUCAUUCCCAUUGCCUUGUAGAAUAACCACAUUACACAGGAGCCAUCAUGGGCAGGACAUCAGUCAAAGAUCAGAAGGAGAAAGCAGGAAGUCUCCAUCCUCCAGGUCCCACUCCUGCUAAAGAGUCGUUCAGUUGGGAGGAGUACCUGAAGGAAACAUCAUCUACCCCGGCUCCACCUAGCUUCUUCAGACAGUCCAGAGUCCCUCCCUCCAAUGACUUCAAGGUGGGGAUGAAGCUGGAAGUCCAUGACCCUCGGAACUCCACCUCUGUGUGCAUCGCCACUGUGAUGGGCAUGACUGGUGUGCGUCUGCGUCUUCGUCUGGAUGGCAGUGACAACACCAAUGACUUCUGGAGGCUGGUCGACUCCUCAGACAUCCAGCCUAUAGGAACCUGUGAAAAGAAUGGGGACAUGCUGCAGCCGCCGCUGGGCUUCAGAAUGAACGCAUCUUCCUGGCCCAUGUUUUUGCUGAGAACCCUGAAUGGAGCAGAGAUGGCCCCGGCUACCGCUUUUAAAAAGGAGCCUCCACCACUGUCCCAGAAUAACUUUAAGCCAGGGAUGAAGCUGGAAGCAGUAGAUAAGAAGAACCCCUACCUCAUCUGCCCUGCCACCAUCGGAGAGGUGAAGGGAGAAGAAGUGUUUGUGAUGUUUGAUGGGUGGAGGGGGGCGUUUGACUACUGGUGUCAACACCACUCUAGAGAUCUCUUCCCUGUUGGAUGGUGCUCCGUUACCAAACACAGCCUGCAGAACCCUGGCAACAGUGUCAACCUGCCAAAGAACCUGCAUGUCCUAACAGCAGCCCACAUCCCCUCCAAGCCUAGCCGUAGAUCCAUGCCUGCGCCCUUCCGGCUUCCCAGCCCCCUGCCCCCGCUGCCUGUCAGGAAGGGGGUGCGGGGGCGGCGCCCCAAGAGUGAGACCAUCGCCCUGCUGAAGGCUGUAGCGGAGGCAGCUGCAGCUCAGAACGGCACGGCUCCAACCUCUAACUCACUGCUGGCUCCCAGGCCUCACAAGAAGAGAGGUCCUAAACCUGGCAGCAAGAGGAAGCCCAAGGUGCUCCAGAACGUAGUGUCUUCAGGUGCUGCGGAUGCCAAGCUGUCAGGGGGUCAACAGGACUGCUUCAACUCUGUGGUCUCUACAGUGUGUGUGUAUGUGAACAAGCAUGGGACCUGUGGGCCUCACCUGGACAGGAAGCAGAUGCAGCGUCUUCCGGACCACUUUGGGCCAGGUCCUGUUAACGUGGUGCUGCAACAGGCAGUUCAGACUUGUCUAGACUGUUGUUACCAACCAAAGGUGCUGCUCAGAACUCUACAGGCACACGCUGGGGGAGGAGAGGUUGUCAGUGUGAGGAUGGAUGGUGGAGUUCGUCUGGUGAAGCUGCCCUCAGCCUCAAGCGCCUCCUUUGUGCUCCGCUUCCUGGAGACGCUGUGUCGCACGCUGCAGAGUAAUUUCCUCUUCAGCUCCCAGCCCUUCAGCAACAUAUACACCUACAGUAAAUAUGGUAACUAUACCUACAGCACCGCCAAGGCAGGUAACUGCCCCCACAGCACCGCCAAGGCAGGUAACUGCCCCCACAGCACCGCCAAGGCAGGUAACUGCCCCCACAGCACCGCCAAGGCAGGUAACUGCCCCCACAGCACCGGCAAGGCAGGUAACUGCCCCCACAGCACCGCCAAGGCAGGUAACUGCCCCCACAGCACCGCCAAGGCAGGUAACUGCCCCCACAGCACCGCCAAGACAGUGAAGGAGGAGGCGUUGGAGGCCCCAUCACUGAGCCAGGGGAUGAAACGUCUAUCUAGAGACGCAUCCCCCUACGCAGCCCCCCUUUCCCCUAAACUACUGUGCACCGAGGCACACCUUUCAGAAGCAGAUACUCUGCCCCAUGAGGAGAACAGCCUUCUGAAGGAGCAGUGCUUCAUGGACUCUAACUCCAUGAUGCUGCGCAGCCCCUCUGACUACCACACCCACUCCCAGGCCAGCAGCCCCUAUUACCCAUGCCAUGGCCCCGAACGCGCCCACAACACGCCACUGCACCGCCUUGCCUCCAACCCUGCGGACCUCCCCUGUACACACACCAACAGAGGAGUGGAAGCCGCCAGCUCCACCACGGGCCCCGAGCCCACGGGCCCUGACAGACAGACCCCCAGGGGGGCGGGGUUGGGCAGGAACCCCUCUACCUGGUCCAUCGAUGAGGUCAUGCAGUUUGUGAGCGACGCCGACCCCUCAGCCCUGGCCCCGCACGCUGAGCUGUUCAGGAAACACGAGAUUGACGGCAAGGCCCUGAUGCUGCUGAGGAGUGACAUGGUGAUGAAGUACAUGGGUCUGAAGCUGGGGCCCGCCUUGAAGCUGUGUCACCACAUAGAGCGGCUAAAACAGGGCAAAUUGUAGAGCUGAACCGCAGAAUGGAACAGGGCAAACUGUAGAGGUGAAACACAUACUGAAACAGGGCAAACUGUAGAGGUGAAACUGGAGAGCUGAAACACAGACAAACAGGGCUAACUGUAGGGCUGAAACUGUAGAAUUGUAACAGACUGAAACAGGGCAAAUGGACUGAAACACAGAAAAGAACAGGGCAAGCUGUAGAGCUGAAACAGGGCAAGCUGUAGAGCUGAAACAGGGCAAGCUGUAGAGCUGAAACAGGGCAACAACAAAUUGUAGCAGGUCCCAGAUUAGCCCGGCCUCACAGACCCCAGGUGAGAAACAGCUCAUCCUACCACAGAAUGUCCCACAGCAUCUCUUACAGGUGACCCAAUACUCAACCUCUAACAGUCUCUUCAGGGGCACACAGCCCCCUCUAGCCUCCAGCCUGCACUAAGCCCUCUUUAUCUCUGAGCUCUCUCACUCCGGUUAUGUUAUCUAUGGUAACAUGCCUCUAACAUACAGACAGUGUGGAAACACAUGGUGUGGAUCAGUGAAAACAUGCGUCGUGCAUCGCUGGCACCACAUUACCUCAUCCCCUCCCCAGCCAAUCACAGCUGGGCAAGCCAAACACAGAAGGCUGUGAUUGGUUGGAUCCCAAAGCAACAGACUCUCUCCAUAGUGUUUACAUUGAAUAGCACAGACUGACUAACCUACACUAGGACAUGCUAAGACUUUUUACUGAGUAAUGUUUCAUCCGGCUUCUGGAUCCCAAAGAUGUACAAUGUUUUCUUCUAUGACGUUCUGUUUUUAUUAUCAUAAAUAUCCUGUUAAUAAGGAGGAUGUGUAUAUAAAUUUAACAGUGACGAUAUUAGAUGCUAAACCUGUUUACAGCUGCAGAAUGUCUGUUGUCUAUUUCAAUUCCUGUUAGUUCAAUAAUGUGCCCAUGAUGCUGGAUGAUCUGCAGUUUAAGGUAGACCUUUGGCCUGUUGCCAUGACGGUCACUAGCCUCUCAUGGUAAAGGGUGAAAUGUGUUACUAGUGUUAGCAGGUGACUUUCCCCAAUGUAAGAUGGCCAUUGUCUUAAACAGCUAAACGUUUUAUCUAAUGCCUGUCAGACGGACAGGCACACAGACCGUCAACCUCCAACCAGUGGAGAUAAUCAGGCAGUGCUUUUGAAACUCAAAAUCCCUGUGAGUGUGGUGUUUGAUGUGGGGAUUAAUGAAGGUCAUGCUGUUAGAGAUCACCCCUACUGGUGGUGUCAAGCACGGAGGCUUUGUCCAGUUUUCAUCAAUACAGAACUGAUAAAGAUUAUUUUAAUUUAUUUCAGAUGACUGCUCAGUGAUUCUAGAAGUUAUUUCAGAUGACUGCUCAGUGAUUCUAGAAGUUAUUUCAGAUGACUGCUCAGUUAUUCUAGUAGUUAUUUCAGAUAACUGCUCAGUUAUUCUAGAAGUUAUUUCAGAUGACUGCUCAGUGAUUCUAGAAGUUAUUUCAGAUGACUGCUCAGUGAUUCUAGUAGUUAUUUCAGAUGACUGCUCGGUUAUUCUAGAAGUUAUUUCAGAUGACUGCUCAGUGAUUCUAGAAGUUAUUUCAGAUGACUGCUCAGUUAUUCUAGUAGUUAUUUCAGAUGACUGCUCAGUUAUUCUAGUAGUUAUUUCAGAUGACUGCUCAGUUAUUCUAGAAGUUAUUUCAGAUGACUGCUCGGUGAUUCUAGAAGUUAUUUCAGAUGACUGCUCAGUGAUUCUAGAAGUUAUUUCAGAUGACUGCUCAGUGAUUCUAGUAGUUAUUUCAGAUGACUGCUCAGUUAUUCUAGAAGUUAUUUCAGAUGACUGCUCGGUGAUUCUAGAAGUUAUUUCAGAUGACUGCUCAGUGAUUCUAGAAGUUAUUUCAGAUGACUGCUCAGUUAUUCUAGUAGUUAUUUCAGAUGACUGCUCAGUUAUUCUAGAAGUUAUUUCAGAUGACUGCUCAGUGAUUCUAGAAGUUAUUUCAGAUGACUGCUCAGUUAUUCUAGUAGUUAUUUCAGAUGACUGCUCAGUUAUUCUAGAAGUUAUUUCAGAUGACUGCUCAGUGAUUCUAGAAGUUAUUUCAGAUGACUGCUCAGUUAUUCUAGAAGUUAUUUCAGAUGACUGCUCAGUGAUUCUAGAAGUUAUUUCAGAUGACUGCUCAGUUAUUCUAGAAGUUAUUUCAGAUGACUGCUCAGUGAUUCUAGAAGUUAUUUCAGAUGACAGCUUGUUCUAGUUUCAAGAGUAAAGGGGACAUAUUAAAGGGCUUUCUAUCUAGGUUUCAGUUUUAUAUUAAAGGUGCUAUACACAGGUUUUUUAAAUUUAAAUUUUGUGUUGUAAUUUCAUAAAAUGUCCAUAAUAUAUCUACAGAAAUAGUGGAAUGAUGGUGUGUUUCACAAUAUUGCUUGCCAGUGUUGUGAUUGACUGAUAUUCGCCUCAAAAUGUAAUAGUUUUGACUUUAACUGUGUUAUCAAGUGGGAAUCGCUCUGCAAUUUAAAUUGUACAAUGAUUUCCCUACACUACUCAGUGCUUGUUUUUCACAUAAACUGAAAUUGAGCGAACAGUGUAGCAGCCAGGGAAUAAAAAAAUAAAAAAUCCACUAAAUAACACAGUCUGAAUUUACAAUGCAAAAAUUCUACUAAAAAAUCCUGUGUAGCGUCUUUUAAUAUUAGUCCGAGUCGGAGAUAUCCUCACCUGCUAUUGGUCCCUGCAGGAAGUCAUGUUGUCAGUUGGACCAUUUGUUAAAACAGAUUUAUGGGUUUAACCAUAAAUAUCAGACACAAGAAUGUACAUUUUUGUAGAAAAUAAAUAUUUUAAUGAAAUUUAUAUAAAAGUAGAAAUGUAAAGAUUAUGGGUGAGGGAGGGACAAUAUAUUUCAUACUGCCUUUUUAAUGCUUUAUAUAUCUUUUAGUUGAAACGCCCUCAACAUAAAUACAGCAGAACCUGCCUUGCUUUACUUUGAGAUCUCUCAGGGCGUCUUAGUUAAUAAACUUUUGUAGCAUUCUGUUCUGGGUAUUGUAAACCAUUCUUCUGUUGCUGGUGAGUUGAAGUUAAGGACUCAUUGUGCCAUAAAGCAACACAAGAACAUAGUGUUCUUGUUAAAUUCUUUUAAAGCAGCUCAAAUUACUUGAAAAAGAUGCUGUAAGUCAUGCUUGUUUAUAAAGUCACACCUGAAAUAAAAGUGUAUUUUCUGUUUUAUAGAUAUCCCAAAUGGAAAGCA